AUGCAGUUCAAGACUCUUGCCGCUGCCGCCCUCUUCGGCGCCGCCUCUGCUGUUGAGGUCAUCCCCGUCCUCGUCGGUAUGAGCGCCAACGGAACCGCCGGCACCAUCUUCUCCCCCGACAAGGUCACCGCCCCCGUCGGCUCCAUGGUCCAGUUCCAGUUCAUGGGAGGAAACCACACCGUCACCCAGUCCACCUUCGACCAGCCCUGCACUCCCAUCUCCGCCAUCAACGCCUCCGCCGUCGGCAUCAACACGGAUUUCGUCCCCGCCAUGAACGCCAUGCAGUCCGGUCAGAUCCCCGUCUACAGCAUCAUGAUCAACGACACCCGCCCCAUCUGGCUUUACUGCGCUCAGGGUCGUCACUGCCAGAACGGUAUGACCAUGGUUAUCAACGAGAACACCGCCGCCAACAGCUCCCGCUCUCUCGAGAACCACCGCACCAUCGCCGCCGCCGUCCAACAAGCUACUCUCCCCUCCCCCGGCGUCGGCGGCACCAACGGACAGAACAACAACAACAACGGUGGCCAGCCCACCGAUGGUCAGUCCGCCGCCGCCGACCUCAGGGUACCCGCUGCCCUCUUGGCUGUCGUGGCCGGUGCUGCUGCCGUCCUCCUGUAA